UCGCGGCAACGUCCACGGCACCAUAAGGGCGGUUCAUCUGCGGCAAACCCAGUCGGCACGCAAGGCGCAACGCGAAAGCAGAAUUGUUCACCCGCUUCACAUAAUCUAGAACAAGAUCCUCUGCUUCCCGACCCUUGAGGAUCUUGAUAUCUGAUUUCUUCGGUUCUGAUUUCGGGGCCAUGUGUGCAUGCGGGAGAAACUGGCCGUCGAAGAAAUAACGCAAAGGAAGAGAUGCGCCCAAAGAAGCAAUGUGGGGGAAAGUACACGUGACCGUGCGUGUGGCCGAUCCCCUGAUCUCAACCGAAGGCGCCCGGUAGCGCAAUUGCGAUUCGAAUUGGGCAUUGUCUGCAAGUCUCCCACCAGCCCGAAGACGUUGACAUGCCUUCACAACUGGCCGUUUCACUCUAACGCAUGGACAUGCGCCGCCGUCGGGAGUGUCGCUCUUGAUGUGCAGCAUGAGAAAUGGAGCACAUCAUCAAGAAUGCAACGGGGCAAGUUGGCUGCAACAGGCAACGGGCGGCAUCGGUUGGUUGUAUGAUUUAUCUGUGACCGAACAAGACGCUUUCGGACCGAGAGCCAUAUAUCCUGAGAUUUCCUCGAGGUGUUGUUCGAAGAAGUUCAUGUGCAUCCGCUGACCAGAAGGAAUCAAUCGAAAGAUGCUGAACAUGGAGUAGAAUAAUCCCGAUGCUGCAUCUCACCAACUCCGAGACUACGCGCCGACUAGGCCGAAAGGAAGGGAAUACAUGUGUCAAGAACAGCGCUCCAACAGUUUCGAUUGUUGUCGAUUGCCAUCUCUGCCGCGUCUUUCGCCAUCACUGUCGCAUUCUGCCGAGUCCACCCACCAAUCAGGGCGCGCGUAGGGGCUGUCGUUUCCGGGCGAUGAGAGUUUAGUGAGCAUGGCCAUGCACUCCGAUCACCUAGCGCGGAUCCGGGCAGAGGACAAAAUCGGACUGGCUAUUUCGAAUCUCUGAUAGAUGCAGGGAAGCAGGCAUAGUAUGGUCACAGGGGUGGGAGACGAGCUGAGCCGUACGAGCAAUGAUUCCUGCAGGUCCGGUGUUGCGUGGGUUGCCGCAGAGCUAUGUAAUGUUAGGAAAGGCUUUGAUUAAACGGCGACCGCUUUAAGAGACAAGCCCUGAUCCCCGACCAACACUCGAAUGCGAUGCCGACUUCGAGUUACCCAGAACCCAAGAAAGAGAAGAAAACGCGUCGGCGACUGCGUCUGAGCUGUGUUGAAUGUACCAAACGCAGACAACGAUGUGACAGGGUAUAUCCUUGUGGCCUGUGCGUUUCCCGUGGAGUGGCCCAUCUCUGUCGCUGGGAAAAUGUGCCCGUCGCGCGUCCGACUCCAGCUCGGCCGCCUGUCGUGCCUGAAACUGGCGCGCUGGACACGAUACAACAGCUGUCGGCUCGCAUCGCAAGCCUCGAGCAGACAGUUGUCACGGAGCGAUUGCGUCGCGAUCCGUCCGACGUUGAAAACACGAUCUCCACUCCCAGCCCUCAUUCGCGUUCUCUCUCUUUACCGACAGACUGCUCGCCGCGCAACUCUGUCGUGGGCCUUUCCAGUGGGAACUCCUCGUACUCUUCACCAGAACCUGACGAAGUGUCCGAUCCAUUUCCAAAGCUGUCUGAUGCCGCUUAUCGAACAGUAUCUUCCCUUGUCCAACAAUCUUCCGCCCAUCACGGCGAGUUUCUAGGGCUCGGAAGCUCUCUUUCUGCGUUGUACUCGAUUAGUUCGAGAAAGCACCCGCGCCAUCUACACGUGACCUCCUCCCAAUCCAGCCAGUUAUUCCAGUUAUUGCCUCCUGGAGAGGCCAACCAGACAUCACUCAUCCGCCUGAUCCAAGCUAUUCCGCCGACGCAACAGGUGACGGCGCUAUGCCGCAUGUUCUUCAGGGAUGUGAACUGGCGAUUUGGUGUUCCGGAGGAAUGGUUUUUGCGAACUUGCUGCGAGAUGGAUCUCGUCUUGCGUUACCACGCAUCGCAGGUCAAGAUCGACGCGAACUGGCUCUCUCUCCUGUUUGCGGUUCUUGCGAGUGCGCCUAGGCCCGGCCUUGAAGCGGGCAAAACCGACGGUCCGGAGCAGCACUUUACACAUGCCGUGGCGGCAGCCAGAGCAGCAGAGAGCGCAUAUCAGCUUCGGCCAACGAUGAGCCGGACGUCGGCAGCGCAGGGGGCCGUUCUGAGCUGUUUCGCUGCCCCGUUGCUUUGCGACCAUCUCAUCGCCAGGGGACGGGUGUCCGAAGGGUGGAAGCUCAUCGGAAACGCGAUUUUGUCUGCUCAGUCGGUGGGCCUGCAUCGGGACCCAGGACGGCAGAACUCGCUGGAAGAAGUCAUGAAUGAUGACGAGAAACUGCUACGCCGCAGAGCUUGGUGGGGUCUCUUCUCGUGGGAAAGGAUGUGCACUACCGUCCUCGCCCGGCCCGCAAUUCUCCGGAACGACGCAAGCGACGUCAUGCUCCCUCCAGCCAUCAAUGCAGACGGCACUCGUAAUCUGUUCAAUGUUUAUCAGAGACUGCUGGUUCAGCUGAUGCAUCUGGCGGGUGAGAUGGCUGAAAAGUGUUUCGGCGUCCGCUCUCCGACUGGUGUGGACGUGCGCAAUCUCGAUCGCAAAUUCGAACAGUGGGAAAGCCAGCUUCCUGCUGAAUUCCGAUCAGACAGCCCGAAUUAUCUGGACAAUCUCCCUGUCUCCGAAUUCGGCUCACUCUUGGCACAAAAGCACACACUGUGGACAUGGUAUCUCCUGUGCCGGUCGAAGCUGCAUCUUUCCGUACUCACACGCGGGGAAGACACUUUCUCUGACAUCUGGGGACAGUCCAUCAGCCGGAAACAGAGUCGCGAGCUAUGUCGGAACCUCUCUUCCGAUUUGAUCCGGCUCCAAUGCAAUGCGAGUCAGCCCGAGCAGUCGACCGCGCUGCUUGGAAGCAAUUGGUACUUCCCCGGGUAUUUCUCUCUCACGGAGGCUGCGGUCACCCUGUACUGUGUCGGCCGUCCCGGUGACUCCGACACCCUCAUCCGCGAGGCAAUGCUCGUUCUCCAGCAGGCCGGAAACUCGGCGAUGGAUCUUGGAAAUGCCGCUCGGAACGGCAGCGAAGCUUUGGGCGUUCUGAUCCAAGAAGUGGCGAACCAAAGCCCGCAUGAUCCCGUGCUCCCAACUGAAUUUGCUGUAUAUCCGGCCACUCAAUUUCUGCCGAACGUAGGACCCUCUUUUGAGUGGUACUCCUCCGAUAACCUGGUGCACUAUGGAGAGGGGCACAAUCUCGAUGGGAUCCUAUACGAUGAUAACAAAUCGAAUCUGAUUUACACAUAAUCCUAAUCCUCGAAGGCGGCUAUCUUUAUCAUUGGUGUACAAAACAUAUAUGUUGUAUCUGUACAAUCGCAUGUACGUUUAAUCACUGCGGGAAUCCCAACCGCACGACGGGCAGCGGAAGGAUUGUCGAGAAAGACAUGUGAUAUGAUCGACAGAAUCAUCAGCUUUGGGAAGAGGGGAGAAUUCCUCCACGGAUACAGAUCCAGAACGAGGGGGCCAAGGCUCAGAAGGAAAAGCAUCCUCGAAGCCAUACACAAAGAGAGCACCUAGACAAUCAACCAUUGCUCAAGAAUGGGAGGAUUUCCAGAAUGAUCGUGAGGAGUGCGGGAAGACGGGAAAGAACAAAAGAAUCGGCUUUCCUAAUUGGGGUCAGUCCACACACUUGCCGAGCGCCCUAUUCAGUCGGUGUUUGCUCUCCACCACCACCACCUCAGGGUGAGUCUGCAAAGUCGGGCUCUGAGCGGACUUUCCUCGGUCAUCUCUGUUCCCGGCAUCCGAUGCUGGUCUGCCUGUCGACGCGAACAACAACCUAGCGCCGCCGGUGAUCAUCAUUUGACGUCUUCCCUCUCUCCCAUCUCUCCAACUACCAAUGCCCGUCCCUCUAUGGACACCCAAGCAGCCUCCAGCUGAGGCCCGCUACAACGUUACAACCGAAUUCCCCAGCCUAGGGUUGCAUUCAGCUGCUGCCAGUGGGAAUGUGGGCUUAGUAGAGUAUGCACUGACUCGUGGCCAGCCUAUCAACUCUGUUCUUGAUGGUGUACUACCACUUCACGCCGCAGCCGCCGGAGGCAGCGAGCAAAUCGUCAAACUCCUCAUCGAGCGUGGGGCCGACGUGAAUGCACCGAGACUGCCUCGCCGAUAUUCCAACGACAAAAAUCGAGACGCCGCGGGACCAAUUGUUGGAACGAGUGGCAGCACCCCGCUCCACUUCGCCGCUGCGAAUGGGAACUCGGACAUUGUCACGACCCUUUUACUUCGGGGAGCUCGGGCAGAUCGAGCUGACAAGCAUGGGGUGACCGCCGAAAUGCUCGCGCGCCAGCAUGGCUGGAAUGAAUGCGCGGACAUUCUUCAACAGUGGGUGCUCAACAAAGAUCGGGACUUGAGGGAGAGAGAGCCGCCCGUCGAAUUCAGCGAGCCCACGAUUCUACCGCUGUGCCGUCUCACGAGCCGUGACCGCGACGGCUCCCCAGGCGACACUGAAACAUCCACACGCAAACGCAUCCACAUGAAGCGAUCUAUGGACACCGCACUGAGCAUGCUCAAGAGCUCGUCCGAGGUCCUAAAGCCCCCCAGCAACAAUCUUCCCAUGGCAAGGGCGACGCCGCCAUCUCCGAUAAGGCCAUUUGGGGAGUACACAUUCUAUCCUACAAGCGGACCUGUCAGUCCGAUUGACCCUUCAUCCCGUCGACCAUCCUUGCCGCAAAUAUCGUACCCGGCUCCUCCAUCAGUGAACCGCAAAGCUUCGCUGGCUUCCCGAACUCCGCGCAGACCACGAUCAGCGGGAAAUGGCGCUGAGCCAGAGACUCCUCCGUUUGGACGGGUGGGUCAGGCUGAAGGGUCAAGCCCCAGUUCUGGUGUCCCUUUGGAGAGAACGAGCACCCAGACCAGCAUCUCCAACCCUUCGGGUUUACCCUCCCCGACCAAUAACGCGACACAAAUGACCGAUUCCGUCCUCUUCGCAGCCAGCCCAACUCGAGCCAUGUCAGGCUCGCCCUCGCGGCCACCUAUGCCGUUGGCUGUUGAUCUGCACAAUGCGCUAGCACAGCAUCAGCGUCGUGAUCGAUCUGGGUCCGCUGCGAGUGCGCCAUUUGAGUCGGAGGGCAUCUCAGGGUCUCCCAGCAGUCUUUCACGUCUAGCUGUCUUGCGACCACGUGAGCGAUCGGGUUCCCGAGGUAGCAGUGCUGGAAACCGCAGUGGAUCUGUUUUCGACGACGACGUUGUCAUCACGCCAGAUGGCAAACCCCGAGCUGGUAUUUUGAGAGCGCACAACCGGAGUAAUUCGGGGCCGGUGCCUCCUGGUCUACGGGCGCUCCGGUUUGAUCCGGAAAUGACCACCAGUCGAAAACACAGCCCAGGACCACCCAGCAGUCUAGGACUUCGAGGAAGCACGAGCGCUGGCUCGCUGUCCCGGUUGCGGAAUGAAACCAGCAACUAUGGAACCCCCGAUUCGGCGCCCGCUGCUGUAUCCGACUUUGAUCUGGAGGCUUUGAAGACUUUCAUGGGCGACGAUGAAGAAGAGGACCUCGAGUACGGGCAGCAGAUGUCGCCUCCCGUUUCUCCUGGUGAAAUCCAGCCUUGUGCGGAGCGCAGCUUUCCAUUCUCCAUCCACGAAGCGCCACGUUCUCGAGGCGCAUCGGUCAGCAGCGCGGCCACAACGGACAGCCAGGUCGAUCUGCAAGUUAUGAGCGCCAGCAGCACAACGAGUGGAAGUGGGAAUGGGAGUGUGGCAGUGACAACUCCGCCUCCGUCCGCCGCUCAGACGCUGAUGCCCCCUGCUGCGGAGGGAGGGCGGAUAACUGAACGCCGGACACCUACACCGUUGGAUAUCAACCUCAGCUUGAUCUCGUCGCAUGCCCAGGCUGAGGCUCUAGUCCAGAAGGAACUCAAAGAUAUACUGUCCAUGGGCAAGAACGGUGCUGGUGUAAUGCCUCUGAGCGCCAAACUCGCUGCGUACGGCGAAAGCUUACAGAUCGAGCGCAAAUUCAGGACCGAUCCGUCGCCGUCUGAUGAUGAGACGAUCUUACGUCUCCCGCGGACGACCUCGUCAUCCUCCUCUCAGAGCAGCCAGUCGCAGCGGGAAAGCAUCCAGCGCCAGCACAGCUUCGACGGCCGAACGAGGCAGUCGAACGCAACAGCGGAUGAUGAAGCGACCCCGACUGUGAAAGUGGUGCACCAUCUGUCGCGGUCGACUUCGGCGAUAUUGUCGCCCAUCCCGAUCGUUGUGCAGACGUCAGUGACCGCCGCGCAGGUUGUCGACGCUAACAACCGAGUGCGGAGAGCCCGGACGCCAGAUCCUGAUGCUGCGACGGGUCUCAGUCGCGUGAGCUCUCUAGAUGGGUACGAGUCAGCUGAUGUCGAAUUGGGGCCUGCUCUGACUCGGGUGUCGACUGCGCCGAUGAUGCCGACCACGGCAACGAGAGACCGUGACCGCGCGAGGAAUCUGGCGAGUGCAAACAAGCUCACACGGAUGGGAUUCGCGCCGCAACAGAUCAGGCCGGACCGGCAGGAUCCGUCGCAGUCUAAGCGUUUCGGAUUCAAGUCUCUGAUGCAGACAUUCAAGGGCAAGACCUGA